AACACCAAAACCAUUCAACCUGUAUUCAGAAAACCGUGGAUGGGAUCAGGUCUCUCUCACAACCACCGGAGCAGCGUCGCGCCCCAGCAGCAGCCGUCGUCGGCCCGCGUCAUCGCCGCCGACGGCUCGCUGACGGAGUUCGCCGCCUCCUCGCCUGUCAGCGUCUCCGACGUCCUCCGCGCAGGCAAUGCGGGCGACUCGUUCUUCCUGUGCAGCUCCGACGCGCUCUACUUCGACGAGGACGUGCCGGCGCUCGGCGGCGGCGAGCUGCUCCGUCCCGGCCAGAUAUACUUCGUGCUCCCCCAGGCGAUGCUCGGGCGGCCCCUCUCGAGCGCCGACAUGGCGGCCAUGGCGGUGCGGGCUAGCGAGGCGCUGGCGACUAGAGCGCGGCCGCGUGGGCGCGGCGCCGGCAUCAGGAAGGUGCGCGUCACGCCGGUGCACGCCGAGGGCAGGCGUGGCGACGUGGACGCACAGGUCAACGCGAAGCUGAACGAGAGGACCCUUGGGGAGUACUCUGCGACGGCCUCGGGUGGUCCGGCGUGGAUCGGCAAGAAGGCUGCCGUGGCUGCGUUUCCGCCGGCGAGGAAGGCCCUCAAGCCGCUCAGCACCAUCCAAGAAGAUGCGGAGUGACGCAAUGCUCAUAAGAAAAAAAGGCAGGCGACGCCGAGUGAUAAAAUGGAAGGAAAUCAUAAGAUUUUGUGAUAAGGAUUAAUUUUUUCUGUACUAUUGUUUUCGCAUUAACCAUUUUUUGGAACAGUGGUGUUGGUGAGGAAAAUUCAAAAAAGGUAGAUAGGGAUGUCGUUUGGUUGAUUUGCCAUUGUACAUGUACUAGUAUUUGGUAACAAAGGGAAUUGAAAUGUGGUCCCAUA